CGCGAUCGCUGGGCGUAGGUGGCGCUAGAUCCACCUGAGGAGCUUGUAGGGCGACGGUGCGGCCGCCAUUUUGUCGGUUGUUUGUCGCAGCGGCUGGAAAGCGACGACGGCGGUUUGGAGACGUUUCUCGGCCAGAAGGCCUUUUGCUUUUGCGGAGAUGCGGCAUUCCAAACAAACUCACUGUCCUGAUUGGGAUAGCAGGGAAAGCUGGGACCAUGAAAGCUACAGUGGAAGUCACAAGCGGAAGAGGAGGUCUCACAGUAGUACACAAGAGAACAGGCAUUGUAAACCACAUCACCAGUUUAAAGAUACUGAUUGAUGUUCCAUUGGGACUGUUUACCAGAUUGCUUUCUAAAUUAGCCAGCUGGGGUUACUUUAAAAAACAUGCUCCAUGUGCAUCCCUCUUGAAGCUUCGCACUCUGUUGAAGAGGACACUCAUCCCAGUCACUAUUUAGAAGCAAGGUGCUUGAAUGAGAGGGACUAUCGGGACCGGAGAUACGUUGAUGAAUACAGAAACGACUACUGUGAAGGAUACGUUCCGAGGCAUUACCAUAGAGACAUUGAAAGCACUUACCGAAUCCACUGCAGUAAAUCCUCAGUCCGAAGCAGGAGAAGCAGUCCUAAAAGAAAGCGUAAUAGACCUUGUGCAAGCCACCAGUCACAUUCGAAGAGCCACCGAAGGAAAAGAUCCAGGAGUAUAGAGGAUGAUGAGGAGGGUCACCUGAUCUGUCAAAGUGGAGACGUUCUAAGAGCAAGAUAUGAAAUCGUGGACACUUUAGGUGAAGGGGCCUUUGGCAAAGUUGUAGAGUGCAUUGAUCAUGGCAUGGAUGGCUUACAUGUAGCUGUGAAAAUUGUAAAAAAUGUAGGUCGUUACCGUGAAGCAGCUCGUUCUGAAAUACAAGUAUUGGAGCACUUAAAUAGUACAGACCCCAAUAGUGUCUUCCGAUGUGUCCAGAUGCUAGAAUGGUUUGAUCAUCAUGGCCAUGUUUGUAUUGUGUUUGAGCUGCUUGGACUCAGCACCUAUGAUUUUAUUAAAGAAAACAGCUUCCUGCCAUUUCAAAUUGAUCACAUCAGGCAGAUGGCUUAUCAGAUCUGCCAGUCAAUAAAUUUUUUACAUCAUAAUAAAUUAACCCAUACAGAUCUGAAACCUGAAAAUAUUCUAUUUGUGAAGUCUGACUAUGUUGUCAAAUACAAUUCUAAAAUGAAACGUGAUGAACGCACAUUGAAAAACACGGAUAUCAAAGUUGUUGACUUUGGAAGUGCAACAUAUGAUGAUGAGCAUCAUAGUACUUUGGUGUCCACACGGCACUACAGAGCUCCCGAGGUCAUUUUGGCUUUAGGUUGGUCUCAGCCAUGUGAUGUUUGGAGCAUAGGCUGUAUUCUUAUUGAGUAUUACCUCGGGUUCACAGUCUUCCAGACUCAUGAUAGUAAAGAGCACCUGGCAAUGAUGGAACGAAUUUUAGGACCCAUCCCAGCACACAUGAUUCAGAAAACAAGGAAACGAAAGUAUUUCCACCAUAACCAGCUAGAUUGGGAUGAACAUAGCUCGGCUGGGAGAUAUGUUAGGAGACGCUGCAAGCCAUUAAAGGAAUUUAUGCUUUGUCAUGAUGAAGAGCAUGAGAAGCUGUUUGACUUGGUUCGAAGAAUGUUAGAAUAUGAUCCAACUAAAAGGAUUACCUUGGACGAGGCCUUGCAGCACCCCUUCUUUGAUUUAUUAAAAAGGAAAUGAAAUGGGAAUCAGUGGUCUUCCUAUAUACUUCUCUAGAAGCGAUUACUUUAAGACUGUGUCAGUCAAUUAAACAUUCUAAUAUUUUUGUAAAAAUUAAAUUAUUUUGUACAGUUAAGUGUAAAUAUUGUAUGUUUUGUAUCAAUAGCAUAAUUACCUCGUUAAGCAAGUAUGGUCUUGAUAAUGAAUGAAAUAUAAAAGUUAAAAUCAAUUUUCCUUUUUGAUGUUAAUUCCAUUUUUAAAGGCCUUUGGAAUACCCUUGUGUCCAGUGAUAAUCGUGACUGGUCUUGUCUUUUGUAUAUGAAGAUUGACUCUGAAAUGAUUUUUUUUGUUGUUUUGAUUUUUUGAGUAAAAUGAAAUCUUGACUACUUUG